AUGCUUAUUGCAUGGAGGCUCACUGUGCUUGGUGAGCUGGCAAAAAGUGACAGCAAACAUUUUUUGUUACUAUUCCGGGACCAGAAAUGCCGUUAUUUGGGUGCAUAUAGUUGGGAUCAGCAAUCGGACACGGCUCAUCGUAUUCACGGGCGUGGUCCAAAUAUCUGCCAUGAAUCGAUGAUGCAUCUCAUGUUCAAGUAUGAUUCGGGUGCAAAAACAUUUUCGCAAAUUCCAACGAAGCACCUCUCGGCAACAAUCGAUGGUUUUACGUUACAGGAUCAGUAUACGCAAGCUCCGAAGAUUCCACACAGUGCCAGCAGUAUGAGCAGGUAG